ACAUUGUGUGCGGGGGCGGACCCAGUAAGUAUCCGAGAGUUUACGGAGAAUGUGAGCGUAUGCAAAGUGCCUGUGUGGUGGUGUGCACCUUGUUUCUGUUCAAUGGUACCAGCGAUGUUCCUGCUUUUACUGGCUGUCGUGGGGACGUGCUACGAUGAUCAACUCACAAAUGAGGCAGAGGACUCAUCCUCACUGGACAUGGCAGACGGAGAUGGUUGCGACUGCAAAUGACUAGAUCGAAAAGUGGUGUCAGUAGGUGUGGAUGAUAUGCCAUUAUAGCUGGACAUUGGAGAUGGUGACUGUGUAGAAUGUCUAGGAGGAUUGGAGGAGGAUGUUGGAGCGAUGUCAUAGCUGGAGAUGGG